CUGGACAAGUAUAUCUUAAAGCACUCGCACGCAGUGAGGAUUGACCAGCUCAAUCGUCACAAGUCCGACGGAACGCGUGCUUUCAAAGUCCCUUGCGAUGCGGACUUUGCAAAGAACCUUAUACCUGCACACCCGAACAUUGUAGUGGUGCACGCAAUGUACGAGGACCAAUAUGCACCCGGCAGAUUCUAUAUAUACAUGGAAUUUUGCGCAGGAGGCGACCUCAACGGGCAAAUCUCCUUCUGGAACGUUCACCGCAACGUCCCAACUCCUCGCCUGUUCCUAUACCACAUCGUCGUCCAGAUGUUCGAGAUAUUGGCAUACAUCCACCACGGCCUCCGACACGACCACGACGGGAUAUAUACACAAGACAAGAAUCACCAGGCUGUGGUCCACGGAGACCUCAAACCUGAGCAAUUCUUCCUGUCCUGGUCCGCAGGCAAGCUCGUCGGAGGAAUGCCAACCCUCGUCCUCGGAGACUUCGGCCACGCCAAACUCUUGAACGACCCCAACCCCAGAGCCGGCGCUGGAACUAUCGGAUGGCUCGCACCAGAGCAGCAAGCCCUGUGCGAUCUCUGGCAAAGCGCACGGAUCGGAUGGUUCGACGUCGGCGCCAAAAGCACUCCGGCCUCGGAUAUUUACAGCGCGGGCCAAGUCCUCUACUACGUCGCCGUCCAACAGAGUAUCCGAGAAGACCGAACCUGGCGAACAGGAGCAAACGAGGAGCUUCUCAAUUUGUCGAUGGAGCAUGGCUUGAAGGACAUCGUCUAUAGCUGUCUUCGCGUGAACCCUUCAAAGAGAGCUUCUGCCUGUUUUGAGGAACGUCACAAUGGAAUCCUGGAUACGGUGAGUCGUAUGAGGAAGGCGAGGGAUAACUUGAUUCUACGGGGAGACAACUUGGAGGAUCCGAGGAAUUGGGCAUAUCCACCGAGGUAA